AAAGCAAGCCUACAAAAGGGAGUAGCCAGUUUCGAGCCUGACGGUGGGGCUGACGGGGGAAUGAGAGAGAACCUGAGAGGACCGCCAGGCCGCCCUCCCUGAGGAGGCGAGUCCCUCACCGCCCCUCUAUAUCGUCCUUUUCAAUAAGGAGCUCUUAAUACCUGCAACUGCUUCCUUCAAGGGGUGGCUCGAAGAUCAGUAGGCAAGGCCUGCGGACUGCGCACCUUAAAGCGCUUCGGGACCGUAAGACAGUGACUGCUGAGCGCGCGGCCGGGAAGAAGCCUGGGGGCUCUGAGCUCGGAGGACAGAGACAGAAGCCCCGGCCUGCGUCCCUCACAACCUGCGCCUCCAGUCCUCCUGCGCUACUCCCGAAGCGCACCUUCUCGCCCGCAGGCCGCGGAAGUGACAGCGCAGAGCCCUUGCGGCCUCCGCCACCUCCUCACGCUUCAGGUGGACCGAAUCCUUGGAAGGGACAGAUUUGUGACCCAGAAGGAAAUCUCUGGCCUCGGCUGUGGCUCUUGGUGCUGGCCAGAAGCCAACUUCAUGUCUGAGUGCGCGAGCAGCAGUUUGCCAUGGAGAGCUUGGGGCUGCAGACGGUGACCCUUAGUGAUGGGACAACAGCCUACGUCCAGCAAGCUGUCAAAGGAGAAAAGCUUCUUGAAGGGCAGGUGAUCCAGCUCGAGGAUGGGACCACUGCAUACAUUCACCAGGUGACGGUACAGAAAGAAUCUCUCUCCUUUGAGGAUGGUCAACCUGUGCAACUGGAAGAUGGCAGCAUGGCUUACAUACACCGCACACCCAAAGAAGGCUAUGACCCCAGCACCCUGGAAGCCGUCCAGCUGGAAGAUGGCUCCACUGCCUACAUUCAUCACCCUGUGGCUGUGCCAUCGGAGAGCACCAUCCUGGCCGUACAGACAGAGGUGGGCUUGGAGGACCUGGCAGCAGAGGAUGAUGAGGGCUUCAAUGCAGACACAGUGGUGGCCCUAGAGCAGUAUGCCAGCAAGGUUCUUCAUGACAGCCAGAUUCCGCAUAAUGGAAAAGGACAGCAAGUUGGAGACAGAGCAUUCCGCUGUGGCUACAAGGGCUGUGGGCGUCUCUACACCACCGCUCAUCACUUAAAGGUGCAUGAACGAGCUCAUACAGGUGACCGUCCAUACAGAUGUGACUUCCCCAGCUGUGGAAAGGCCUUUGCCACAGGCUAUGGACUGAAGAGCCACGUUCGUACCCACACUGGUGAGAAACCAUACAAGUGCCCAGAGGAGCUGUGCAGUAAGGCCUUCAAGACCUCAGGAGAUCUGCAGAAGCAUGUCCGUACCCACACUGGGGAACGCCCGUUCCGGUGCCCUUUUGAGGGCUGUGGCCGCUCCUUCACCACGUCCAACAUCCGCAAGGUACAUGUGCGCACCCACACAGGCGAGAGGCCCUACACCUGCCCGGAGCCCCACUGUGGCCGCGGCUUCACCAGUGCCACCAACUAUAAGAAUCAUGUGCGCAUCCACACAGGGGAGAAGCCAUACGUUUGCACGGUGCCAGGCUGCGGGAAACGCUUCACCGAGUACUCGAGCUUGUAUAAGCACCACGUGGUGCACACACACUGCAAGCCCUACACCUGCAGCACCUGCGGCAAGACCUACCGGCAGACCUCCACCUUGGCCAUGCACAAGCGCAGCGCCCACGGUGAGCUGGAGGCCACGGAGGAGAGCGAGCAGGCCCUCUAUGAGCAGCAGCAGCUUGAGGCCGCCUCUGCAGCCGAGGAGAGCCCACCACCCAAACGACCCCGGAUAGCUUACCUUUCGGAGGUGAAGGAAGAGAGUGAUGACAUCCCAGCCCAAGUGGCCAUGGUGACCGAAGAAGAUGGGGCCCCCCAGGUGGCUCUGAUCACUCAGGAUGGUGCCCAGCAGGUCAGCCUGUCCCCGGAAGACCUCCAGGCUCUGGGGAGUGCCAUCAGUAUGGUCACCCAGCACAGCAGCACCACUCUCACCAGCCCCAGUCAUGAUGCCGACUUGGCCACAUCUGGCACACAUACAGUCACCAUGGUCAGCGCCGAUGGCACCCAGACGCAGCCCGUCACAAUCAUUACCUCUGGGGCUGUGGUGGCUGAGGACUCAGGUGUAGCCUCUCUUCGUCAUCAACAGGUGGCACUGUUGGCCACAGCCAACGGAACGCACAUUGCAGUGCAACUGGAGGAACAGCAGACCUUAGAGGAGGCCAUCAGUGUGGCCACCGCGGCCAUGCAGCAAGGGGCCGUGACCCUGGAGACAACAGUGUCGGAGAGUGGCUGCUGAGUCCAAGAGGGCUGGGUCUCACACCAUGCUGGAGGAAGUGCCAUGCUGCAUGGCCACUCUUGCCCCCAAGGGCCCAAGCUGUGGCUGACACAUGGAAGGUGGCCACAUAGGUCUCUGGGGUGAGAAGACAGCAAAAAAUGGCCUAACUGAAGGAAAUGGGGACCCUGCCCAAGAUGGGGGCCAGGCAGCUGGAAUCAGGGGAGUGCAUCAUCCCCGGGAGCUGACAACAAACCAAGCUACACCAGGGUGCCCUCCUCUCAAAAUCAGCUGGGCGCCCGCUCUCCUAAAGAACACCCUUCUGGCCCUCCGUCUGCUCUCCUUCUCAGGUAGAGAUUGGGGCUGCUAUGGGAACUGGCCCUCUUAGGGGAGAGCCACAGACAGCUCUUCAGCCCAGUAGCAGCAGAGCAGGCCCUGUCCUGCCCUCCCAGCAAUAACCACCUUUCUGGAGGCCAGCUGAGAUGCCUGUACUUGGCACCAGGGACUUCCUGAGACCACAGUCAAUUAAUUCCUCAGGGGCCUGUGGCUGGAGAAAAGGUGCCCAGCCCCCGCCACUCCUCAGCUGCCCCCCAACCUCUCUAUGGCAGAGAGGUAGGGAGUGGCCCUGUACAUAGACUGCUGGGGAUUGGGUUUGAUUUGUUUUGGUUUUUUUUAAAUUCCAUUUUGAUAAUUUUUUUCCUGCUCUGGGUGGUGGUGGUGGCACAUGGAUGAAUGAGUAUUUAAUAAAAGUUCCAAAUUUCCA